AUUUUAUAUAAUAAGACGCAUAAAAAUAGUGAACAAAGUUGCUUAGCUGUUAGUGUUGUACAAUUUGAAAUGUGAAUUAUUUAUUAAAGCGAUAUCAUCGAUGUUAGUUACGCUUACUGCAUUCGGACAGCUAUCUACACACAAAAGAUAUGUAAUCAAAGAAUAUUUCAUAAAUAUCGAACGCUACGUGGAUUAAAUAUCUUUUUCUACAAAAACGAUUAGUGUUCUAGUGAUAAUCUAAAACGGAGGACGAAAAUGCAAAUUCGGACUUUAGUUCCCGAGCUGGCCAAAAAGGCUCAAGAGGAAUUAAACGAAGAUCCAAAAAGAAUACAAAGUGAUGUGCAACACGUCAAAAAUUGGUUGUUAAAGCAACCUCAUCUGCGAGCUAGACAAGAUGAUCAAUGGCUUGUCGCAUUUCUGCGAGGCUGUAAGUACAGUCUAGAAAGAACAAAAGAGAAAUUGGAUCUUUAUUACUCGUUGCGAAGCUUAGCGCCAGAACUUUUCAGUCUAAGACCUAAUGACAAACUUUUUUACGAAAUUAUGGAUCUGGGAACGUAUCUGAUACUACCAAAAUGUACAACUCCUGAUGGACCAAGGAUAGCAAUUGUCCGGCCCGGAACUUAUAAUCCAGAGAAAUACAAAAUCACGGAUAUAUUCUCAGUUUCUAUUAUACUUCAAAGGAUUUUGUUAAUGGAAGACGAUACAGUCGUUAUAUCUGGUUUUAGAACAAUAUUGGAUUUAGAAGGGGUUACUCUAGCACAUUACUUGCAAAUGACUCCAGCUGUCAUGAAAAAAAUGGCUGUCCUUUCGCAGGAUGCUUCACCGAUGCGUAUGAAAGGAACGCAUUACAUCAAUACUCCAACCGGCUUUGAAUCCGUCUUUAACGUUAUUAAGAACUUGCUCAACGAAAAGAAUAGACAACGAUUGUACGUUCACAAUAAAAAUUACGAGGAAAUGUACAGUCACGGUAUACCUAAAGAUGUUCUACCUGUUGAAUACGGUGGAAAUGGCGGGACUAUUAAAGAAAUUAUCCAACAUUGGAAAGAUCAAGUGCAAAAAUACAGUUCGUGGUUGGAAGAAGAUUUUAAGUACGGUACCGACGAGUCGAAGAGGCCUGGACAACCAAAGACUGCGGAAACCAUGUUUGGAGUCGAGGGUUCCUUCCGGAAACUGAAUUACGAUUCGCUAGCUGAGAAGGCUCAAACAGAAUUAAAUGAAAAUCCCGAAAUACUUCAAGAAAGUAUUCGUCACAUAAAGCAAUGGAUUUUGGAGCAACCACAUUUGAGAGCUAGAACAGACGACCAGUGGCUAGCAGCAUUUUUACGAGGUUGUAAAUUUAGAUUAGAUCAAACAAAAAGAAAAAUGGAUCUCUAUUUUUCAUUUAGAAGCACGGCUCCGUAUCUUUAUAGUGUCAAAUAUUUCGAACCUAAAGUUAUGGAUAUUAUUGAUACAGGCAAAAAUUCGGCAAUGCCUGGAGACGAAUUAAGUGAUUGCGUUGUAGAAAGCGGAAUGUCAGUGAAAAAUUUUUCAAACUCAGAUGCAACUUCUCGGUCUGAGAUCUGUUUCAUGGAGGACGAUAAUUUAGUAGUAGCAGGAGCUAUCAAUGUCGUAGACCUUAAGGGCGCUAGAUUAGGACAUUAUACAAACACUCCUUUCAAACAAAUUAAGAAUUUAGUUACUGCUAACCAGGAUGCUUUGCCUAUAAGAAUAAAAGCUAUACAUUUCUUAAACACUCCUUCCUUUUUUGAAACAUUUUUCAAUAUUGCUAGAAGAUUUAUGAAUGAAAAGGUUCGGAACAGGAUAAUGAUACAUAACAAAAACAUGGAUACUUUAUAUGAACAUGUGCCUAAAGAAAUAUUGCCUGAAGAGUAUGGCGGGACAGGUGAAAGUAUACAAAGCUGUACAGAUUAUUGGAAAAAUAAAAUGCAUGAAUACAACUCUUUUUUCGAAGAAGAUCUUAAAUAUGGAAGUGACGAGACGAAACGAUUAAAAAAAUCUCAGUGAAUAGUCAGCGGAGAAUCACUCAGAUGCAUACGAAUAGAUUAAAUAGUAUGUAAUAAAAUUUGAGAUGUGAUA